AUGGACCAAAUUGCCCUCCGAAGAAACGAAGAAGAGAUAAAAGAGGCUGCCUAUGCUGAAGAGCUGAAAACUCUUGCGGAGUUUAAAAACAUCAAAAAUGAAUGGUUUGUCAAAGAAACAGGGAGGAGACGCAGAAAGGCCACUCCUAAAAUUCAAGAGGGUGAAGGGUCGUCAUCAAAACCAAAGAAAAAGCAAAAGAAAGCAGCAGAAACGUUAUUGAUUGAUGAACCUGAAGAAGAUGAGACAAUGGUAACUACGGAAGACGAUCCGUAUAAUGCUGGUGAAGAUAUGAUGUUUAAUGUUGAUGUCUUGGAAACUGGGCCAACAGUGACUGCUGAAGUUGAACAAGUUGUUAAUGUCGAAGCUGGAAAAGAGAAGGUUAUUGAUGACAUUGAAGGUGAUGAUGUAGAUAAGAGCACUACAAGUUCUUCGAGCUCUUCAGAUGAUGAGAUUGACGAGGCUGAACGUUUAAGAAGAAUCGUUUUAAAGAAGAAACCUUCCAAAGAAACCAGUAAACCACCAACACCACCACAUGAACCAACACCACCUCAAUCACCAAUCCAAUCACCUCCACGACAACCUAUACCUCCACAACAACCUUCACCACCAAAACAACCAACACCACCCAGACAACGAUCACCUAUACAUCUUUCACCACUACAUAUUUCACCAUCACAACAAACCUUAUUCACAUCGCAAGAAAUCUUUCAAACACCACCUCGCACCCAAAUGCAACUAACACCUGGUUCUGCGGGGUACCGAGGUUUUCCAGCUGUUCCUUCGAAUUUGAGUGUAAGCCUUGAUGAUGUAGGAGAUUUUGACUUUGCAAACACCUCACAGGUCAAGAAUGUUGAAAAGAAAGUUGAUGAAGUGAUUGUCGAAAACAAGAAGUUAACUGCUGAGAACAAGAAAGUUUCUAAUCGUGAGAGAGUUCUUGAAAUGCAUGUGAAGAAGUUGGAGACUGAUAACAAAGAGUUGGUGAAAAAGAUUGACUCUGAUCAAUCAGAGAUAGAUAUUUUGAAGGUGCGAGUUGCUGAGCUUGAAGAAGAAAAAGCUUAA